CACCACAGCUUCUUCUUCUUCAGUCCUCUGCAAACACACACACCACACACAGUGAUCAGCGUUGAACAAUGGAAGAAUUUCUGAACCAGUGCGAACAGUCCGGCGACGCAGCGUACAGUGCGCUCCGAUCACUCCUUGAGCGGCUCGAGGAUCCGACUACCCGGACCGAUGCUCGGAUCUUCCUAUCGGAGCUCCAUAAACGGUUCAACUCCAAGGAAGCCUCCGAACGCUGCCUCCAGACCUACCAUUUCCAAAUUCAGGAAAUCUAUCUCGAACAAUACGAAGGUUUCCAGAAGAGGAAGAAACUUAUAAUGAUGGUAAUACCGAGUAUCUUUGUACCCGAGGAUUGGUCCUUCACUUUCUACGAGGGACUCAAUAGACAUCCAGACUCCAUUUUCAAGGACAAGACUGUAUCUGAGCUUGGCUGUGGAAAUGGAUGGAUAUCCAUUGCAAUUGCAGAAAAGUGGUCACCCUUGAAGGUUUAUGGGCUUGAUAUAAAUCCAAGAGCAGUGAAGAUUUCUUGGAUAAACUUAUAUUUGAAUGCUCUGGAUGACAACGGCCAACCAAUUUACGACGGCGAGCAAAAAACUUUACUGGACAGGGUUGAGUUUUAUGAGUCUGAUUUGCUAUCUUACUGCAAAGAUAAUCACAUAGAACUCGAGCGUAUUGUUGGAUGCAUACCACAGAUUCUUAACCCUAAUCCAGAUGCAAUGUCAAAAAUAAUUACGGAGAAUGCUAGCGAAGAAUUCUUACAUUCUCUGAGCAACUAUUGUGCUCUUCAGGGUUUUGUGGAGGACCAAUUCGGUUUAGGUCUCAUUGCCAGAGCCGUUGAAGAAGGGAUAUCUGUUAUAAAACCUCUCGGAAUUAUGAUCUUUAACAUGGGAGGUCGCCCUGGACAAGCUGUAUCUAAACGUUUGUUUGAAAGGCGUGGUCUCCGUGUUAACAAGCUUUGGCAGACCAAAGUUCUUCAGGCUGCUGACACGGAUAUUUCAGCUUUAGUUGAAAUCGAAAAAAGUGGUCCCCACCGUUUCGAGUUCUUCAUGGGACUUGCUGGAGACCAACCGAUUUGUGCCCGAACAGCAUGGGCUUAUGCAGAAUCGGGUGGCCGUAUUUCUCAUGCUUUAUCAGUAUAUAGUUGUCAAAUACGUCAACCUAAUCAGGUAAAAAAGAUAUUUGAGUUUCUCAAAAAUGGACUCAGUGAUAUCAGAAGCUCGUUAGAUUUGUCCUUCGAAGAUGAUUCUGUUGCAGAUGAGAAGAUUCCAUUCUUGGCUUAUCUUGCCAAUGUUUUAAAAGACAUUUCGUUUUUCCCUUACGAACCACCAGCAGGAAGCAGACGAUUUCGUAGUCUUAUUGCUCGCUUUAUGAGAACAUACCAUCAUAUCCCGCUUACUGCAGAUAAUGUGGUUGUGUUUCCUUCUAGAUCUGUGGCAAUCGAAAGUGCUCUCCGUUUGCUGUCACCGCGUCUUGCCGUCGUUGAUGAACAAUUAUCCCGAUACUUACCGAGGGAAUGGUUAACAACCUUAGAUAUUGAGAAGACGGAAACAGGAGAAAACUCAGAGGAAGUAAUUGCAGUCAUCGAAGCGCCACGUCAGUCAGACUUGAUGGUAGAGCUGAUAAAAAAGUUGAGGCCAGAGGUAGUAGUCACUGGGAUGGCUCAGUUCGAGUCAGUUACCAGUUCAUCAUUUGAGCAUCUAUUAGACACAACAAGAGAUAUUGGAUCUCGUUUAUUUUUGGACAUAUCAGACCAGUUUGAGCUCUCUAGCCUUCCCAGCUCCAAUGGAGUCCUCAAGUAUCUCGCUCGAAAUCCCCUGCCUCCACAUGCAACAAUCGUUUGCAGUUUACUGAAAAAUCAGGUUUAUACAGAUUUAGAAGUGGCUUUUGUAAUAUCAGAGGAGAAGGAAAUGUUUAGAGCUCUAAGCAAGACUGGACUUUUACAAGGAAGCACUGCAAUAAUUAGUCAAUACUACUAUGUAACUUUCGACGAGCUUCUAGCUUUUCAGCUUGCCGAUCGACGUCCACCUUCACAGAGAGAGGGGGAGAAGACUAGUGCUACUGAGGUCAAUGGAUUUUCCAGCUCAACUAUCCAAAUAUUCGAUGAUGCCGAGUUAUCAAUAAACGAAUCUGACGACUCUUCACUGAUUCAUAUGGAUAUCGACCAAAGCUUUCUGCCCAUAACGACACCAGUUAAGGCUGCCAUCUUCGAGAGUUUCGCAAGACAGAAUAUAACAGAAGCUGAAACCGAUGUGACAUGUGGCAUUAGACAAUUGGUCAGCAGCACUUACGGCUAUCCAUCCGAUAGCAACACUGACUUCGUUUAUGCCGACUGUCCUGUGGCACUUUUCACUAAGUUGGUGUUGUGCUGUGUUCAAGAGGGUGGUACUCUGUGCUUCCCGACCGGUACCAACGGAAAUUAUGUAUCUGCUGCAAAAUUCUUGAAGGCGAAAAUUGCGAGCAUUCCGACAAAUGCAGAGGCAGGUUACAAGUUAACAGAGAAAACACUUACUGCUGCAUUGGAGAGUGUUAACAAACCAUGGAUCUACAUUUCUGGUCCGACUAUUAAUCCCACUGGCUUGCUUUACAGUAACGAAGAGAUAACCGAGUUAUUAUCUGUAUGUGCUAAGUUUGGAGCAAGAGUUAUUUUAGACACUUCAUUUUCGGGCGUGGAAUUCAAUUCCAAAGGCUUUGCUGGAUGGAAUCUGGAAGCUACCCUUAAGAAACUUUCAUCUUCUAAUCCAAACUUUUGUGUAUCUCUACUUGGGGGAUUGUUUUUUAAGAUGCUUAGCAGUGGGCUUAAAUUUGGAUUUCUUCUCAUAAACGAGCCUUCUCUGGCGGAUGUUUUCCAUAGCUUUGCCGGAUUAAGCAAACCUCACAGCACUAUCAAGUACACGGUGAAGAAAUUGCUGGAUCUCGCAGAGCAAAAAACGGGGAAUCUAUUGGACGCUAUAGCUGAACAGACGGAGAUUCUGGGAAGUAGAUAUAAACAAUUGAAGCAGACACUUGAAAGUAGUGGCUGGGAGGUGCUUGAAGCUCAAGCGGGCGUUUCCGUUUUAGCAAAGCCAUCAGCCUACCUUGGCAAAACGGUCACAGUUAAUAAAGACGAUAGUAGCCUUGAAAUAAAGCUGGAUGAUAAAAAUAUAAGGGAAGCAAUGCUUAGUAGCACUGGCUUGUGCAUCAAUAGUGCUUCGUGGACCGGAAUUUCGGGAUACUGCCGAUUCACUAUUGCGCUCGAGGAUAGUGAUUUCAACCGAGCGUUGGAUUGCAUUACUAAAUUCAAAAGCUUAUUUGGCAACUGAAAAAUGUUGCUGCCUUGUAAGUUCUAUUGUUGUGUGUGCAUUUGGUGUUGUUUUUCCCUGUCACAACACAUGGUGGUUGGGAUGUAGAUUAAUUUGUUGAAGGGGUAAAUUGAUGUUUGCCCUUUGGAGUGAAUGAAAUACAGGGUUUGUUUUGUUUUUCUUGUACUACUUGUGUAUAGCAAAUGCAAUUGUGGCUUGAUUGGAUUUUCUGAAAUUAUAGUAAAAUCAUUUUAGACUAUAUAUGGGUAAAAUUCCCUUUCUAC